UGAUGCGUGGGGUACGUGGGUUUUUCGACGUCAUUAUGAGAAGUUAUCCACUUCCGCUCAAGAUGGCGGCGCAGCGGAGGAAUCUAAUGCAGAGCCAUCAGAGUUGGACAGAUGACCUGCCCCUGUGCCAGUUGUGUGGUGUGGGCAAUGCACCAAACUGUGUGUACGGAACAGAUGGCAAGGGCACUCAGAGCCACCCGUACGAGGAUGGUCAUUUCCGGUUCAGAGGUGAAGACUGCUUCCUGUAUGGUGUGUUUAAUGGCUACGAUGGCAGCAGGGUGGCCAACUUUAUGUCUCAGUGCCUGACUGCAGAGCUCUUACUGGGCCAGCUGAACUCCACACACUCAGAUGCUGACGUCCGCCGGAUACUCUCUCAGGCCUUCGACGCCGUGGAGAAGAGCUACUUUGAAACCAUUGGCGACGUACUGGCCGAGAAAGCCAACCUGCAGUCCCAGAUCCCCGAGGGUGCUCUCUUCCACCAGUUGUCCCCUCAGUGUCAGAAGCUGUCUGACCGGCUGGGCGUGCUGGAACAGGAAGUGAACGGUGGUGCCACUGCAGUGGUGGCCCUCAUCCUCAACAACAAACUCUACAUCGCCAAUGUCGGGACCAAUCGCGCCUUGCUGUGCAAGGCCACAAGCGAUGGCCAGAACCAGGUGAUCCAGAUCGGCCGAGCCCACACCACGGACAACGAGGACGAACUUACCCGGCUGGCACAACUCGGUCUGGACACCAACCGGCUGCGUCAGACCAGCCUCAUCGCCGGCCAGAGCAGCACCCGCCGGAUUGGGGACUACAAGGUGAAGUUCAACUACACGGACAUCGACGUCCUGAGCGCCGCUAAGAAUAAGCCAAUCAUUGCAGAGGCAGAGAUCCACGGAGGCCAGUCGUUGGAGGGAGUGACGGGCUUUCUGCUGCUCAUGUCCGAGGGUCUCAUCAAGGCUCUGGAAUCCGCUCACGGACCCGAGCAGGCCAAUCAAGAGAUGGUUGCCAUGGUGGCGGCAGAGCUGGCCCAGCAGACCACCCUGGAGGCGGCGGCGCAGUCGGUGGUGGAGCGGGUGAAGCGGCUGCACCACGACGCCUUCGUUAGUGGGCGGCAGCGGGCAUCGCACUGCGCGCGGCACGAGGACAUGACCCUCCUCGUGCGCAUCAUCAAUUACCCGCUCUCUGACGGCUCACUCACGCCCACGCAAGGUGGGCGCAUCUACCCGGUCUCUGUGCCCUACUCCAACAGCCAGAGCACCAGUAAGACCAGUGUGACCCUCUCGCUGGUCAUGCCCUCCCAGGGCACGCUGACCAACGGGACCAACACCGCCUCCACCCUGGAGGGAGGGACCCCCACACCUGGCCAGAGCCCCACCGCCACCCUGCAGUCCACCAACACCCAGACGCAGAGCUCCAGCUCCAGCUCGGGCGACGGCAGCCUCUUCCGCCAGCGGGGGAGCCAGGCGGCCCAGCCGGACGAGACGGGACGCGUGCCGCCCUACGUGGACUUCACCGAGUUCUACCAGCUCUGGGGCUCGGACCACAGCGAUGGACAGAUCACACAGGGCGGGCUGGGCCCUCAGUGA